UGAGUGCGUAGCUUGUCGGAAUGGAAAGGCGGGGCUGGGACACCUCUCUGGGGCCCCUGCUGCGCGGGGACUGGACACGGCUGAGCCGAGUCUUUGCUCCCCCUCCCCCUGUGUUUUUCCGGGGGCCGGCGUAGGUCCCGCGCCUGUCCAUGGAAGGCGGAAACGGUCGCGGGGUCCAUCUCCUUGUGAAGGGGCCUGAUCCUCGCCGCCAUGUCUGGGGGCUUCGAGCUGCAGCCGCAGGACGGCGGCCCCCGGGUGGCCCUGGCGCCAGGGGAGACGGUGAUCGGCCGCGGGCCGCUGCUGGGAAUAACAGACAAGAGAGUAUCCAGAAGACAUGCCAUUCUUGAGAUAGUGGAUGGUCAGCUUCGAAUCAAACCGAUACACACAAAUCCAUGUUUUUAUCAGUCUUCUGAGAAGAGCCAGCUCUUACCAUUAAAGACAAAUCUAUGGCACCGGUUGUAUCCUGGAGAUAGUUUUUCUCUGUUAGUCGACAAAUAUAUUUUCCGUGUUUUCUCUACACACUCUGAAACGGAAGUGGAACGUACUUUAAGAAACAGUCAAAUGCUUGAUGAAGAUAGUAUAUUGAAUGAAACACCAAAAUCUUCCUCAAUUAAUUUGCCUGAUGAGACAACUUGUGCCCCACAGUUGGAAAGAAGCACAGAAAUAGCUAAGACCCAGACUAUUACUGCAAAGAGUAUGUCUUUCCUAGGUGAAUGUAGAGACUUCAGUAAGCAGCAGUCAAACCCUGCCCAGAGGAAAAGAAUCCUUCCAGCGUGGAUGUUAACAGAAGGUCUAAGUGAUCAAAACCUUUCAGCACCAGUCAUCAGUGGAGGUAAUAUUGUAAUCCAGGGAAGUGAAAAAGAAGCAAUCUGCGAAGAUAAAACCCAAGUAAACAUAACACAGCAAGGAAAAAAGCGAUUAAUUUCAUCAGGAAGCUCAGAAAGUAUAUCAGCAGAGCAAGACACAGGAAAAAAGUGCAAAAAUGCUGAUCAAGAAGAGUCUUUCAUUUCAUCCAAGGAAAUGCCACAGUCAUUUUCUGCAAUCACAUUAAGUAACACAGAGGUGAAUAAUAUGAAGACUAAUACACAGAGAAACAAAAUCCCAGUAGAAGAACUUGAUAAGGUUUCUGAACGUAAGAUCAUCACUAAAGGGACGCCAAAUAAAGACGAAGCAAUGAGCUGUUCUGAGAGUUGUCCAAGUGCCCAAAGCAAGUCCUUCCACGAUGAGGCUCAAGGAUCUCACUCUGAGUCCAGCUCUGAUCCUUCCAAUCCUGAAACUUUGCGUGAAAAGGCAACUGAUUCUGUUCCACGAGCUUCUGAAGAAAACAAGGUUAAGAGGACAUCCUGCAUGUAUGGGGCAAACUGCUACAGGAAGAAUCCUGUCCAUUUUCAACACUUCAGUCACCCUGGUGAUAGUGAUUAUGGAGGUGUACAAGUCAUGUGUCAGGAUGAGGCUGAUGACCGGCCUGAAUGUCCAUAUGGAACAUCUUGUUAUAGGAAGAAUCCCCAGCACAAGAUAGAAUAUAGACAUAGUGCACUUCCAGUGAGAAGCAUUUCAGGUGAACACGAUGAUACCGUUGGGCAACCCAAUGAGUACGACCUGAAUGACAGCUUUCUAGAUGAUGAGGAAGAAGAGUUUGAGCCAACAGAUGAAGAUUCUGACUGGGAACCAGAAAAUGAAGACCAAGAGAAGGAAGAUAUGGAAGAGCUUUUGAAAGAAGCAAAAAAGUUUAUGAAAAGAAAAAAGUAACUCUUUUCUGCAAUAAUAAUAUAUGGCUCACAUUUACUCUCUCUUUAUGGAAAAAGAAUUCAGGUACUAAGGAGGCACUUAAGCAAUAAUUGUUUUCCUUCUUUUUAUAGUUAUGACUUUUCUAUUGACUCUUUGCAAAUGGAACAUUGAAAUGUCAACCUUCAAUGUAGUGGAUGGAAUUUGUUUUGUUGCUAUGCUUUUUCUAUCCUAUUUAAAAGCACCUGGAAAUAGGAAGCAGACAGAGAAUUACAGAGAAAUAAUUGAUAUUUUUCAUGUACUUUGUGUGUUGAUAAUAAAAAGUAAAAGCCAUAGGUUGCACAAAACCUUGGUCUUUUUUCCAAAGAUUCUGUCUUUAUAAAAUACUAUGCAAGUAUAACCAGGCAGUUGCAUCAUGGGUGGGAAAGCAUGUCUCUUUCAUUACUGUCGAAGUAAUUCUUCAAGCAGAUCCAAGCUUUAAAAAAUGACAACCAUCAUAGAGUGGCUAUUAUAGUAUCCUAGAUGUGAGCUUUGCAAGUUCAUCUACUACUUUUAUUCUUUGAAACUCGAGGAAAUUAGUACCAAAUGGAUACUGAAAAUAGAAUCAACUAGACUACAGGAGGGAAAUGUUCACCAUGCAGGAAAUGUUCUUUUGUGUCCCACGUCUGUAAUUUACUGUAUGAGUUUAAAGGUAGAAAAGCUCAAAGAAUUUGACAGUUUCUUUUUCAAACUAAAGUCCUGCCUGAUUGUUUUAACUCUCAAUGUGCUAUCUUUACAUUAAGAAUAUGAAAUUAUUAUUAUUAUUUUUUGUGUGUAUGAGGAAGACUGGCCCUGGGCUAACAUCUGUGCCCAUCUUCCUCCACUUUAUAUGGGACGCCGCCACAGCAUGGCCUGACAAGGGGUGUGUCGGUGCGCGCCCAGGAUCCGAACCGGUGAACCCUGGGCCACCACAGCGGAGCGCACGCACUUGACUGCCUGCGCCACCGGGCCGGCCCCUAGAAAUUAUUUUUAACCAUAAUUUUCUCCAAGGACAUUAGUUCUUUUGUCCUUGGAUGAAAGUAGCAAGUUGUCUGCCAGCGUUCAACAUUCUGGCCUUUUAUUUCAAGAAGAAAUCCCUUAUUCUCCAGUUUUAUGAAGUAUGUCUCUGUAUCUCUGUUCUUAAACUACUUUAGGCCCUGUACUACUCUUCAUUUUAGGUGACUUAGAAUUUUUGAAGUAUAGUUUAGAACCUUUAAUAACAGUUGGGUAUGUGUAUACAGAGCAGUAGUUAUAGUAUUUAAAUCAUAAAUAAACCAAGUGUCCUUGUUCAAGACUAAUAUUUUCUAUUCUAAGAGAACCUAAAAAUUUAUAUCUUAAAAGA